AUGACAGGUUGGCUCAGACCGGAAGGAGAUGAAGCAUCGGUGAGACGCAGCGAUGAAACGAUGUGGACAGAGCUUUGCACAAUUCAGUCACGGACUGUGGGCGCAGUAAUGCCCACUGUACACUCCUCUUUUCUUGUUAUUACUACAGCUUCGAUUUCGACAAUGGUAGGCAAUAUAUUUUUCCUCCUAUCAGCGGUGAAUGAGUAUGAUAAUGUGGCAGUUGAUUGUGAUAUUGAACGUAUUCCUUACACGACUUUACGGUCAAGAACUCAACCAACCCAUUAA